GACCCCUCCCUCAUAACCCAACUGGGAUUGCGAUCAAUCUGUGUACAAACCGUCAAAUUUUGAGCCCGACGGCUUCGAUCGUGCGAUGAGGCGUGAUUCUACAGCGAUAAGAUCACUGAGGGCGUGACUCGUAGCACAUGAAUUUCAAAUGUUGUUACAGCCUUUGUGCGUGACGGAAGGCCGCGCCGGCGCCUCCCGCUCUACUGCCUCUCCCUCUUCUUCACUUACUAUUCCUCCUCAGCAAUGCCAUGAUUGGCAUUUCCAUCUCUGUAGCUCAUUAUUCCCACAUUCAUUCCACGCACCUGAUCGGCCCCUCGUUGGUGCGUUCGAGUUUUACACGCUGUGAGGUGGUUUCUGAUGUUUGUGGGUGUUUGUCUUUUUUUAUAGAUUCGUUUCCGAAUUUGGAGAGAGUUUUUGUUGCGAGGUUGAGAUCUGAGGAUUGACGGGGAUGGAGUGAGAGAGAGCUUAAGGGUGGAGAUGGGUCGGGGUUCCCAGGAAAUUAUUUUCGUGGGAUUGACGGGGAUUCUUGGAAGGUGGUGAUGGUAUGUGGGUUGAGGUGGAGUUAUUGGAGAAAAGCGAAUGAGGAGGCGUAACUCUUCCUGAAUUUUGGUAGCUGUGAGAGAUUUAGAUUGAGAUUGGGCCGAGUGGUCGUCGGUAGGUGAUCGCUGCGGGUGAUGAAGAUAUUUCGAGAAUUCGAAGUGUUUUGGAGCUUUCGCUAGUCUGGGUGAGAAUUGGCUCGGCAGGGGUUUUCUGGUUUUUUGACAUUGCUGGUGCAUUUGUAGCUCUUUUGACCGUGCUCUGUCUAGAUAUUUUUUGGCUUUAGUGAAAUUCGAUUAGGAGAGGGUUGACAGGUGAGAAUCUGGGCUCCCUUGGCGCCAUGGUGCGCCUCGCUCUUUUAGAAAUUUCAAAGCCAUUUGAAAUUUUUGAUGAGAUCUACAUUGGCACUUGGCUGUACGGGUCAGGAUUUGCCUUCGAUGAAUUCUCAAGAGAGGUUUCUAUUCUGCUUAUUUAAAUGCUGGUAUGACACUUAUUUUUUCUCCAAUGUAUCUGUCGUUCGAGACUUGUCCUUGUCUUGUUCUCGUUAUUAUUCUUCUCCUCACUUGUAACCAUGCAAAUCUGUGAUGAGGAAUUGAGCAUACGCUUAUUAGCUGCUCCCAUUUCGUAACCUUACUCUGGAAAGUUCUAAUGUCUUUUUCGCGCGCAUCCUAAUCUCUACCUCUGAAACAGCAAGAGGCUCCCCGCGGGUAUUCUUGUCGAUGACGGAAGGAGUUUGGAGAGAGAACACCCCACAAGAAGUUGUAACCUCUGGCAACAUGGGCAUGCUAGCUGACGUAGAUGUGAACCGAUUUGUAAAUUGUGAUUCGAACCAGCAAUCAUGGCCUGCCUUGAGCAAAACUAUUCUACCUCCUCCAAAGAAACGCAAUCAUCCAGCCACAGGACAACCGGCCUCAGUGGUUAAAUGCAUGGACUGCAAAGAAAAUAAGAGUGAUAGAGGUGGAAGUAUUACCUCAAGAAUAUCAUCUUUGAGCCCUGGAACCAAACGCAAGAUGCUUGGCUAUGCAGCUGACGGCUCUAUCCCUCCACUUCCCCCACGACAAAAGCGUGUCAAGAAGGUUUCCAAGUUAUCGAGCGGGGAAAACAAGCUGUGUACUAAGUUUGCACGGUCCGUGGAACCUAGUGGCCUUCUUGGGGACUUGAAGCCUGGUAUCAUGAGACAACAAACUCGUACACGAACAGAAGUUCAUGCCUUACUUAGUGCUGUUGUUGGUGAUCUCCUGCACAGGGACACUCUGCCAGCACCUGAGGUCUCUUGUCGUGAACUACAAGUGAAUGAUAGUUCCUCAGAACAAAUUGAAGAGUCAGCUAUUGAAUGCAGUGGUUUGCGAAACUCGACUGAAGAGGAUUUUGAGCAUCGCGAAGGAUCAGCUCUGGGGGAAUCGGUUGAUAAUUAUAUUGGUCUUCUUGGGACAGUUCGUGAACAGGAUAAUCCUGAGAGCAGUGAAUGUGCGGAUGUUGAGGAUGGACCAUUUGACAUUGGGUUGCGUAAAUGCAAAGGUUUACUGAACACCCAUGAUAGGACUUCUGGGUUUGUACCGUUUCAAAGAAAUGGACUGCAUUCAUGUACUCGAACUACUCCUAUGUUGCCCAUAGAGUCACGCUUACUUACUGCUGACCAAAGAGAUUCAACGGGCCACAAUCAGCAGGCUCACUUGCCCUUUUGCAUGAACCAAGAGUACGACUCAACUCUGAUCUCUUCAAGGGAAGCAUGUACAGCCGAGGCUUUCAAAUGUAAGCAAGAAGAUCUUGAGGAGGAUACGUGUAAAUAUCCUUUUGACUUCUCCUCCCUGAUUGAAGAUGUCGGUUCUCUUGGACAUGAAGACGGGACGUUGCUUCAACAACAGGAAUCUAAGUUACCUGUGUCAGUUGCUGCUGCAAAUGUUGCACCUUGCUGGCUGGAGCUUCUUAGCCAAGACGUCAAAGGGCGUCUAGCUGCACUUAAGAGCAGCAAGCGAAGGGUAGGAAGUGUUAUCUUUUCAGGGGAUUUAGAUCUGGAUGCGCCUUUGCUUCCAGGCGGCGUCACAUCUACACUUACUCCCAACCUUGGAGAUGGGCUCCUGCUUGUGGAUAGCUGGAGAAAAGUGUUUGAAUCGAUGGAUAGGGCACUUACGCUGGAAGGAGAAAAGCUGGAGAGUUGGCUUCAGCAGAUUCAGGUGAUGCAGAGUGAGUGCCAAAGAGAUAUGUCCACAUCGUCGAACAUCAGCCUUCCAACUCUCAGUGAGCCGACUCCUCCAAGAACUCAAGACAUUCAGCAGAUGGCCGCACCCUUGGCUGCGGCUUCCAUUAUGUCCCCGGCUGGCUUUGCCUCUUGAAUAAGAAAAUACUCCCAGGGUUUGGUUAUGUAUCAUGCAGUGCCAUGUACGUCAUUGUCCCUUGUCUGAUUAGUCCUUUCUAAAUCUCGCUGAGAGUCUAGCUUCAAGUCACAUCUGUUGCCCUCAUGUAUAGACUUACCUUUGCGUUCAAACUGGAAUGGGCCGCACCAGUAUUCGCUACUCGCAUUGGGACCUGGCAGUAUCUUUAGAUGCCCCCAUCAGAAGACCCGAGUCGAGCAAUUUAGUGAGGUUAGUGAGGCAGGAGGCAGAAUACUUCAGGAUGCCACGUUAAUAGGAGGUGUCCUGUUCUUUCAUUCAGAUUCGUAAAUUUGGUUCUUUGUAACGUGCGAAUGCAUGUAUGCUACUUGGAACUUGCACUACGCAUGGCUAUUGGAAAUGCAUGGUUACUGUGUUAGUGUAGUGGAAAGAAUGUGGCCUGUGGAGCUGCUUGUCCAUCCAAAGCUGGAUUUAAUAAAAUUAGGCAAUUUUGUUUCGUCUUAA